AUGUCAACAACAUUUAUCAACGGUAGAAAAAUAUGUCCAUUUGGUGGUAAUUAUGAAGAAAAACUGUGUCCAAUCUCCCUGUAUUCUAAAUUAACUAAAUUAGAAAUUAAAUGUCGUUUUGAACAUGCCGGUUGUAAUCAGAUUUUGUCAUAUGAAUCGUUAGAUCAACAUGAACAAACAUGUGACUAUCAAUCGACGUCGUGUAAAGGAUGCAGAAAAAUAUUUCUAAAGAAAGCAAUUGAUCAACAUGAACAAUCUUGUGCGUCCAUUGAAAUGCUAUGCGAUAUAUGCAACUCUAAUUAUAAACAGUCUAAAAUAGUAAAACAUUUUGGCGAGUGUGUUCGAAACCAACUUGUUGAGAUUCAUACCCAAUCGACGAAAACCGAUAAUGUCAUUGAAGAUCUGAGACUUACGGACGAAGUUUUGCAAUAUAAAAUUCACGAUUUUGACUACGAAUUGAAAGAAUGUAGAAAGAAUGUACUAAAUUCAACACAAUUUCAACGAAUAGAAAGAGAAAUACAUGGAAUGAAAAAUGCCAUUAAUCAAAUACAAGAUAAACAAAAUAGAAUUACUCAGACACAGCUAGAAAUACAAAUAUUAAAUAGUCAAAUGAAAAGACUAGAAAUGUUUGUUCAAAAGUUGUUGUUCGUCUCAUUAUUUCUACUAGUUUUUACAAUAUUAUUGUGUGUUAUGUUGGGAAACUAUGAUACAUAUAAUGGUCUGAAAAGAACAUUUAAAAUGACAUUCAAUGGGAUAUUGUCAUCGUUAACAGAAAACGUAUAA